CCCACAUUCCUUUGAGAGAGUGACGUCUGCGCUGCUACACACGAGAAAGGAGGGAAAAAGGAAUGUUAACGCCUUGAAGGGCUACAUAGGGAGGGUCAGUCAGUGUUGGGAGCGCCGAGAGAGCGCCAAAGCCCCGCAGGACGGAGCCAGGUCUCUUUAGGAAGGAGAAGCGGAAGGCACGCGCCGCCGCCCACCCGCUCCGACUUCUGCCUGGCUUGAGCCCCCGCGCUUCCCGUACCCGGCCGGAGCGCGGAGGAAGACGGGCCAAAAUGGCGGCGGGAGGGGAAGUUUUGAGAGGAAGCGGCCGCCGGUGAGUUCUGAGGAAAGAGGUGGCGCGGAGGUAGAAAGGGCCCGGCGCACGUGUUUAAGGCGGAAAGGAGGAGGAACGGGGGCCCAAGCGGGAGGCGUGCGCCUCGCAGGCAGGAUGAAAAAUUGGAGCAAGGCUAAGAUCCCAGUAGAGGUACCAGCAAAAGAAGAUCUCAUUGAUACUCCAGCUGGGGACUCAGCAGCACCAAGCAUGACUUCAUUGAUCUGAGACAACUGUUGGUGAAACUAUACUGAAGAAACCUGCUUUUGCAUUGCAUUCCUUAAAUGAAAUUCGGACUUUCAUUUUCUGUGACGUGGAUACUAGCCCUACUAACCAGCUUACAUGUGUAGAUCAUUGCGUUACUGUGUUAGCCAUUGUCUCUAUGCAGCAAUGACAAGACUGGAAGAAGCAAAUCGAGAAAUGAACAUGCACUCCUCUGUCCGGUAUCUGGGCUAUUUAGCCAGAAUUAAUUUAUUGGUUGCAAUAUGUAUGGGCCUUUAUGUCAGGUGGGAAAAGACUGCGGAUGCAUUAAUACUUGUAAUAUUUAUCCUAGGACUUUUUGUUCUUGGGAUUGCCAGUAUACUUUAUUAUUAUUUUUCAAUGGAAGCAGCAAGUUUAAGUCUCUCUAAUCUUUGGUUUGGAUUUUUAAUUGGCCUUCUCUGUUUUCUUGAUAAUAAUUCUUUCAAAAAUGAUGUGAAAGAAGAAGCAACCAAAUAUUUGCUGCUUUCCUCAAUAAUUAUAAGAAUAUUAUAUGCAUUGGUUCAAAGAAUAUGUGGCUGCAUUCAUCAUCGACCCACUUUACUGACAACAGUUGAAUUUCUUGAGCUUGUUGGAUUCGCAAUCGCCAGCACUACUAUGUUAGUAGAAAAAUCCAUGAGCAUUAUCUUAUUGGUUGUGGCCUUGGCAAUGCUCAUUAUUGACUUGCGGAUGAAGUCUUUCCUAGCAAUUCCCAAUUUGGUGAUCUUUGGAGUCCUUGCCUCAUUAUUAUUUUUUCCAUCCCUAAACAUACCAACCAAUCCAUUUGCCUUGGGAUGUUUUUUUAGCUGUUUAGUAACAGACCCUCUUCUUGAUAUUUACUUCAGUGGCCUCUCAGUAACAGAACGUUGGAAACCUUAUUUGUAUCGUGGACGAGCCUGCCGAAGAUUUUCAGUCAUCUUUGUCGGACUUAUUGAACUCAUUUCUUUUAUUCUGUCAGCCCUUAAACUGGGUGAUUUGGAUCUCUGGUAUUUUGUGAUUCCAGGUUUUUCUAUUUUUGGCAUUUUCUGGAUGGUCUGCCAUGUCAUUUUUCUUAUAACUCUCUGGGGAUUUCAUACAAAAUUAAAUGACUGCCACAAAAUUUAUUACACGCACAGGACAGAGAACAACAGCCUUGAUAGAGUCAUGGCAUCUAAAGGAAUGCGCCAUUUUUGCUUGAUUUCAGAACGGCUUGUCUUUUUCAGCCUUUUUUCAACAGCCAUUUUGGGUGCUGUAUGUUGGCAGAAAUCCAAUGGAAUCUUCAUGAGCGUGUUUCUGAUUGUUUUGCCUCUUGAAUCCAUGGCUCAUGGCCUUUUUCAUGAAUUGGGAAACUGCUUAGGAGGAACCUGUGUUGGUUAUGCAGUUGUGAUUCCUACAAAUUUCUGCAGCCCUGAUGGCCAGCCAACAUUGCUUCCACCUGAACAUGUACAAGAACUAAAUUUGAGAUCAACAGGCAUGCUAAAUGCCAUUCAAAGGUUUUUUGCGUAUCAUAUGAUUGAGACUUAUGGCUGUGACUACUCCACAAGUGGACUUUCUCUUGAUACUCUUCAUUCUAAGCUGAAAUCAUUUCUUGAACUUCGAACACCUGAUGGACCCCGACAUGAUACCUAUGUGUUAUAUUACAGUGGCCACUCUCACAGUUCUGGGGAGUGGGCUCUUGCAGGGGGUGAUGCACUGCGUCUUGACACACUUUUGGAAUGGUGGAGGGAGAAGAAUGGCUCUUUCUGCUCACGACUGAUCAUAGUGCUGGACUGUGAGAACGCUCAGCCUUGGGUCAAAGAAGUAAGAAAAGUCACUGACCAGUAUAUUGCAGUUCAAGGAGCAGAACUGGCCAAAGUGAUAGACCUAGAAGAAUCAGAUCCUCCUCAUCUUGGUGAUUUUACUAGAGAAUGGGUGGAAUACAACUGUAAUCCCAACAGUAACAUCAGCUGGUUUGAAAAGGGGCGUACGGUGAAAGCCCUCUAUGGAGUGUCAAAGCGAUGGAGUGACUAUACUUUACACUUACCAACUGAAAGCGAUGUUGCCAAACACUGGAUGACGUAUUUCCCACGCAUCACCUACCCGCUGGUACACUUGGCAAACUGGUUCUGUGGUCUUAAUCUUUUCUGGAUCUGCAAAGUGUGUUUUCGGUGUUUGAAAAGAUUAAAAAUGAAUUGGUUUCUUCCCACAGUAUUGGACACAGGGCAAGGCUUCAAACUUGUCAGAUCUUGAAGAACCAAAGAUGAGCAGAACUUGAGAACUCGCAGACCUUGAAAACAUGGCGGACGUGAAACUGUUUUAUUUGUAACAGUUUACUGUUUGACAAAAAAUUGCUACUUUUGUAGCUAUAUUCCUUUGCUCAUUAUCCUGAGCAACUAUAGUUUUGUAAAGAGUAAGAAACUCCAUUGGAUAACAAGGGCAGCAUAGAUAUUCGAUAAUAAUUUAAAUUGUUACUGAGUUGGAUCUGAAUUGUUUAAAAGCCAUUAAAUACACCCAUGCACUUGCGAAGAAGUUGUGUACACUUGUUUGCUUUGGAUAGAAUAGUAAGAAAUUACCAAAUUUUGUACUAUUAGAUUAGAACUCAGAUAUAUCCACAUCAGUCCUGUGUGAAAGGAGAAGACCUGGCUUAGACUGGUUCUACACUGCCCUAUAUCCCAGCAUCUGAUCCCAGAUUAUUUUAUUUGAACUGGAUUAUACGAGUCUACAGAUAAUCAGGUAUAAGGAGAUAAUUUGGGAUCGGAUCCCAGGAUAUAGGGCAGUGUAGAUCCAGCCUGAAAUGCUCUUUUUGCUUUGGUGCAUUUCAAGGUUCCCACAAAGGACAGUGAACCAAAAUUAAACAAAGACCUCUGGCAAGUAGAGAUAGCUUUAAGGCUAGUCCAGUUCACAUUAAGUGAAUGUAAGAUAGAUAGGUUUUUCAGCAGCUUCCAUACAUAACAUGUAGAAUUACUGGAUUCUGAACGUUACUGAUAUUGGCAAAGUUUAUUUCCAAAACAUUUUCCAACAAUAUCUUCAUUUAGAAAAUUACAGUUAAUAUGUGAUAGUAGUUUCAAAAGAUCCCAAUAUCUUCAAUUACAAAUCAAAGAAAGGCAGUCACUAUUGAUUUGUGGAAUUGAAAAGAAAUGGACUUGGUAUCAAAUCAUUGCUGUCUUCUUCUUUGCUAAUUUGACAAGGUUCUGAAUUUCUGACUACAAACUGGAGCAAAUUAUCUUCAUCAUAAGGGAAUUAGACAAGCUAUUGGUGAGAUAAACAAUCUGUUCUUACCCUUUUUGGCUUCCGAAUCUGGUUUUAAUCCUAACUAAAGCCUAGAGAAGGAGCCCCAGUGGCGAAGUGCGUUAAAGCACUGAGCUGGAGACCGAAAGGUCCCAGGUUCAAACCCCGGGAGCAGCGUGAGCGGCCACUGUUAGCUCUAGCUCUGGCCAACAUAGCAGUUCGAAAACAUGCCAAUGUGAGUAGAUCAAUAGUUACUGCUCUGGCAGGAAGAUAACGGUGCUCCAUGCAGUCAUGCCGGCCACAUGACCUUGGAGGUGUCUACGGACAACGCCAGCUCUUCAGCUUAGAAAUGGAGAUGAGCACCAACCCCCAGAGUCAGAUAUGACUGGACUGGACAUCAGGGGAAACCUUUUUUAAAGCCUAGAGCAGUUUUUCUCAAACUGUGCUCCUCUAGGUGUUUUGGACUUCAGCCCCCAGAAAACCCAGCCAGCUCACCAGCUGUAAAAAAUUAUGGGAACUGAAAUCCAAAAUAUCUGGAGGAGCAGAGUUUGAGAAACCCAGGCCUACCGCAUGAGCUGUACUUGUCUAAAACAGAUAUUAUGGCACUGUGACUUCCUCUUGUGUAUACCCAGCUCUCAGAUUUUAGACUGGAAUCUCCAUAACAAAAUACUAUAUAUAUUCAGACUUUUUUAAUUUUAGCACUCUGCUCUAACCUAAAUUUUAAUCACUGUAACCUUUUCCAAACAUAGUUUCCCUUAUUGGAGAGGUCUAAUUGGUAAGCUUCUAUCUCACUGAUCUUCCAAAAUGUAUUAUGGCAUGAUGAAAACCUUAAGUACCAAGGCAAAGCUUUUCAUGAUUAUUUUUAAACAUACCUAGUUGCAUCCAUAUUCUUAUAUUGACUUUUAAAAAUGAAAAUCUAUUUAUAGUCUUUAGCUGUGAAUAAAUAUUUCUGCCAGGUACUAAAAAUGUAUUCACUAUUUAAGGCAAUAAGAACAAUUUUUCAUGUCCAAAAAUGAUGCACUUUGCAGAAUUUUGCCUGGAAAUAUAACCAAAAAACUUUUUCAACAGGAGCUCCAUUCCACAAGAAACCUUUCUGUUCAGUUGAUCAUGGGUUUUCCAUUUCAGAAAUGUAUGGGUGGCAGUUCCCUUGUAUUCAUUAACCACAAUAGAACUCAUGCUCUAUAGAGACCCAUAGCCCUAAACUAUCCAAUUUCCUGGUAGAGAUGAUUGUACAAUCCAGGCAUUGCCAUUUUUGGCCCUCCGUGAUGACUGAAAUGGGAUCAAAGUCUGGUCUAAUGUGAGGGAUGAUUCUCCAAAAGGAGUUGUGUACACAUUUUGCUAGGGCAUUGCCAACAGAAGGCUUAUUCUGAGACUAAUGGUAAUUGUUAUAAAUGCAAGCAAGUCCAAACAAGUUCAGCAAUACUCUUGCCUUGGGCUGAGGAAGAAGAUUUUAAAAUACUUUAUUGUGAUUUUGGAACAAGUUUGACUGAAAUGAUCCUCUUCAAUUCCAGAUUAUUAGCUUUCAGAAGCCUAUAACAUCAUCCUCAAUGGAGUUCAAGAGACCAGACAAAGUGAUUUUCUAUGCCCAACUUCUCCUAAUUUGUUUUUUAACCGAAACACAGUUUUAUAUUGAAGUGUUUCUGGGCAAAGAUUAUCUUGGCUCUUUAUCUUUUAUUUGUCCUGUUUUUAUACCUCUCAUUUCCUAUAAUGUGCAAAUGCUGAUAUCUCCAAAUUGCUUACAUCUAAUUGCAAAGCAGAUAGAUAAGCAACCUCUGCAAAAAGGUUAAGCCAUUUCCUCUGUAUGACAAUUGCACUUUCAUCUAUUCCAAUUUCCUUCGUGAUGUUUUGAAGUGUUUUUCCUUUAGUCUUGGAAAGUUAACAUUUCUCUUUAACAUACUGUGCUUCCUUGGGGUUAUAAAAUGCUAAACUGAUUUAACAGUGAGCUAAACCUAAGUGUGUUUAAAGGGUUUCUUGCCAGCAUUGGGUAACUUCCUUCUUACCAUUCAGGGUUUUUAAAACUGAACUUGUUCUAUAAAAAUAUUAUUUAAAUAUA